AUGAAAGGCAAGGGCCUCCACAAACUGGUAAAAAUAAGAUAUGAAAAAGAUCGUGAACCGACAAAAAUAUUUCGUGAAUUGAAUGGUGCUGUUUCACUUCGAACGGUUAAUGUGUGGAUUAAAAUGAUCGAGACUACUAAAAGACAAGGAAGGUCAAAUUUAGUUAUAUUUUGUUCUGAUGAAAUUUUACUCUCGCCUACUACGUCAGCCAUAAUGCUAUUCGCGUUCAAUAGAAGACAAUCAGUAUUGAAACAGUCUGAUACUGGUGAUAUCUGUUUGUCGAAACCUCCUAUUCGAACAAAAGUGAACAUUCAUAAAGAAACAACAAUUGGACAAUAA